UUCAGCUAAUUUUAUUUAAUUUUUGAUAAGUGUUUCAUUUUAAGUCAUUAUACUCCGGAUAAUUUGCUUACAUUGCACAAAGAUAAUUUGUUUUGUACGCGUCUCAAGUAUCAAAUCAUGUUUAAGAAAGAACACUAUUACAUCUAUUGUUCAUUUAGUACAUCCUUCACUGAAUUCCAGAUGUUUAAAAUUUGGACAAAGAUAACAUUCUUUAUAUGAAAGCUUUACAAGUAUCAGGGCAUCCUUUCAGCGUAAAACACUUAACAUUUUAAGGUUGUAUGAGUUGAUAAGAUUUCAAAAUAUCCUUAACACACAUCAUAUAAAGGGCUCCUCUAAACAUCCAAAGUUACUGCAAAGAUGGGUGUUCUACAAGUACUAAGCUUUAUUCUGUCUAUGUUUCUGUAUGGAACAUUUGGUGAUUCAUCUUUAAUUGAAAACGAAGCUUCUGAUCAAAAAGGUUUGCUCCCUAGUACUGUAUCCGGUAAAGCUUCCAAUGUCCUACGUGACAUUCUGAAUCAGGAAAGUCUGGUCCGCUUCUCUAUGGUACAAAAAAUACAAGGUCUAGUGAUGGAUGCCGUGGACAGCAAAAAAGAUGGACAAGUUAUCAAGGCAAAACUCAGUGAGGUGACAAAGGAACUGCAGGAUUUGGAGACUAAAAGCCAAAUUAUUGAGAAAGAAAAUAUCAAACUUAAAGAAGAAUUAAAGGAGGUGUACGGGACAGUGAAUGACAAUAGAAACUUUACAAAGGAAGAAAUUCAGUAUCUUGAACAGAGGAUUGAUAAAAAAGUUUUAGGUCUCCAAGAACAGCUUGAUUUGUCAAAAAAGACAUUGGGAAGUGACUUGAAAAAAGUCUUACAGACAUUGAAGAUGACGGAACAGAAUACAAAAGAGAAAAUAAAGGCUUUAAAUGAAUCGCAAAUGGUUUCCGCUAAAAGCCCGCAAAUUGAAAUGCUCCAAUAUCAAAUGAAUGCAAUGAAUGUAACAUUACAGAAAUGCAGCGUAAGCAGUUUUUUUGAUCGUGUGAAAAAGACAGAGUACGCUUUAGAAAAUUUCUCCGUCUCUGUAAAUGAAACUUUACACACUGUUUGUGGGGAUGUUAAUGAAUCCAGCUGGUUCUUGUCAAAAGUGCUUCUGAAGGAUUGCAGGGAGAUUUUAAAGACUUUCCCGAGUUUAAAGGGUCGAGAUGGUAUAUACAGAAUAUCCGUAGGCUCUGGGAUCAAGACUGUUUACGCACAUGACGACAGAUUUAGCAGGGGAGGCUUUUACGGCUAUUCAAAGAAGACAGGACGGUUCUACAAAUUUUUACAGGACGUGAAAGGAUCUACAUUAAAGGCAGGUGGUGGAAUUCUUAUUUAUAUUGCUAGUGAUAUAACAUAUAAACGUAGAACUGAUUUUGAGAUCAGUAAUAUUGAGACAAUCUGGCUAGAGAUAAAUCUGAAAAAUUCAAAACCUAUAUUUCAUUGCUCUGCUUAUCGUUCACCAUCUGCCCCCUCCUGCUGGGCGGAGGAUCUAGCAAGGGAGGUGAACCGUGCCUCCUGCUGUGACGAUACUGAUAUAAUUUUAUCAGGUGAUUUCAUUAUUGAUCUAAUGAAAGACCACCCACAAUACUGGACAUCUGCUUUAGAGAAGUUUGGACUUUCACAAAUAGUUACUGUUCCUACUAGAAUAACAAGAAAUGACGCAAUCUAUGAGUUGACAAAGAACAAGAACCAGGAACUCCGGAUUGAACUGCAAAGUUUUGAUGGCGCUGAAGCAUAUUCUCAGUACUCCACAUUUUAUGUUGGAGAUAAAUACAAUAAAUACGUACUCACUGUGUCGGGGUAUUCAGGAACUGCAGGUGACAGUUUAAAGUAUCACAUUGGAAUGAAAUUUAGCACUAAAGACCAGGAUAACGACAACAGGGGUUACGAUAACUGUGCUACACAAUAUCACGGAGCCUGGUGGUACAAAUCCUGUCACCACUCAAACAUGAAUGGACAAUAUGCACAUUCUGCUGUGUCUGGUGGUAAAUACGCGGUAUGGCAGGGCUGGAAGGGUAGCGAAGCAUUAAAACAGACCAUGAUGAUGAUCAGACACAAAAACUAGAGAACGUUUAUUAUCAGAUCUGACAUAGAUAUCAUUACAAAUCUGAUAUUUUAUUUUGACAAACGAAUGACAACUUCAUGUUGCUUUCGUAUUCACGUAUAGAUUUUUAGACAAUUACAGUAAGUUCCUUCUUCUUCAAUAUUUCUACCACUGAAUUAUAGAUUUUCUUCCAAGAAACGCAUAAAUGUUGUUUAUAAUAAAGGUGGCAGUUAUAAGCAAUAAAGAAACCUCGAAGCAGACAAUGUGUGUAAGUUAAUUUUACACUUCAUAUUUGCAUACAAAAAUGUCUUUAAAAGUAAUAUUCAUAGUGGAUAAAUAUAGCAUAAAAUUAGAAUUUACUUUUUA